AUGUUUGGCAUGCUCAAGAAUUCGCUCUUCGGAAACACCGAGGAGACGGAAUAUAAGCUGCUUAGCAGUGAGACGAAGGAUGGGAUAAGCUUUGAGGUGAGGCGGUAUGAAGGUGCCAAAUACGCUGUCGUCUCCUCUGAGGGACGGAGCUUUGACCAAGUGACAGGAGAGCUGGUGAGGAAGCUGCUCAUGUACAUCGGUGGGAGCAAUGAGCAAGGUGAGGCCAUGGGUACGGCAGCGCCCAUCAUCUUCACAGUGUACCCACGGAACGACGGUGUCCUCUCACGCCGUUUGAUAGUCGCCAUCCGCAUCCCCACCAUCUACCAGCAAAGCCCCCCGACUCCCACCGACAGUGCCAUCAAGGUUGAGGAGCGGCCCGGCAUGACUGUCUACUCUCUGCAGUUCGGAGGCUUUGCAGGGGAGACUGAGUACCGAGCAGAGGCCUUGCGUUUGACGCGCACCCUGGGUGAAACGGCACCCUUCCAGCGCAAGCAGUACUUCUGCUGUAGCUACGACCCACCGCUCAAGCCUUACGGACGCCGCAAUGAGGUGUGGUUUCUACAGGAGGAGCCGUAAGACCAAUUCAGAGUCAGAUCAGAGUC